GUGCAAGAAGUUUCCUCUUCACAAUCAUCAUCAGUUCAUUCUCAGUAUCAUCAUCACAAUAAACUUUAAGAAAAUAACUUUUGCUUUCACCAAAUCAACCACACAAAAUCCUUCAUCAAUAUGUAUUUCUCAAAAGUUAGCAUCAUAGUCAGCAUGACUGCCCUAUUCGCAUCUGCUUUUGCAAUGCCUGCAACCAUUGUAUCUCGACAAGAUGCUAUCUGCAGCAGCGGCGAUCCUCAAUGCUGCGACGCUGAUGUCCUUGGUGUAGCUGAUCUAGACUGCGAGGCUCCACCGGAUGCAUACACAGAUAUAGCAUCUUUCAACGAAGUCUGCGCCACUGUUGGAAAAAUCAACAUGUGCUGCGAUAUUCCUAUCUUGGGACAAGGUAUUAUUUGCACUUCUCCAGAUAAUUCAUAGAGGAUUCGCGAGACUCUAUACUUGCGCUUAGCUCAGAUGUCGAGAAUCUUUGGGUUUGACAGAUCAGAAAGACUCUUGACCCUGAGAUAGACUUGCGGCUGAAUUUUCAUAUAUCGCAGUUUGGAUGAUGGAGUUGUGGAGAUGGAAUGUUGAUUGUUUAUUUGCAUUUGGCUUCUUGAUUUUGUUUCGACCCCUUUAGACACAAUGUACAAUUUGUUUCAAUCACACGACUGAA